AUGUCCGGGAUAUUAAAAACUCACCAACCGCCAAAAUACGUGAAUUGGAACUAUAUUCCAUUACCAGAACUGGUGUAUUUUGUUCAGAAAGUUACCACCAGAGCACAAAUUGAUGUACAAACUGCAAUAUCUGCGUUGAUUCUUGUCGCAAGACUAAAACAAAGACUCCCAAAACAUGCUCACGGUGAAUAUGAAACAUGCCACAAACUAUUUUUAUCCGCAAUACUUGUAUCUUCUAAAUACUCGAGGAAUAAUCAUCGGCGCAACGAUAAUGACAACAACAAUAAUUCAUAUACCUCUCCUCCUACUCUCCCUCCUACCAAUUCUUCAAAUAACGAUGAUACUAUUUCAUCUUCAUCUGAAAUUUAUGAAUUUAAUCAAGAUGACGAUGUAAAUUACCACACUCAUUAUCACAAUUAUUAUCAAGAUAAUGUUAUAUUAAAUAAUGAUGAUAUAAAUGAUGGCUGA